AUGCGGGGUGUCUCCUUCAUCACGUCUACCGGUUCAAGAACGGCAUCGACGACGACGUCUCUACGUCCGAAGCUGUUGCUACUUGGAGACUCGCUGACACAAGAGGGAACGGAUCCAGAUCUCGGGGGCUGGGUGGCUCAAUUACAGCACCGCUACACUCGCUCCGCCGAUAUCGUAGUCCGUGGGCUAUACGGCUACAGUACGGAGAUUUUCGUCAAACAUGCCCUUCCAAGUGUUAAGGAGGAGUUAAGCUUGUGGCCAGAAUCUCCAGCUUUUGUGGCCGUUUGGCUCGGUGGCAAUGAUUCCGCACUGUUAUCGGGAUACGAAGCGGCGCUCCACGUGCCGAUUCCCAAGUACCGAGCCAAUCUUUGCGAAAUUGUGCAUACAGUUCAAGAUAAGGCACCCGAUGCAGCCAUUUUAAUGAUCACUCCACCUGCACUCGACUUUUCCAACGAAGGCAUUGGUGAAUACGCCCGUGCAUGCAUCGAAGAAGCGGGAAGCUUGAACGUCCCAGUGCUGGAUUUCCACACAAUUAUGAAUGAAAUGCACGAGCAGGAGCGCUGUGGCUGCCAAUACGACGGACUGCACUUCAACCAGAAGGGCAACGAGCUCGUCAUUGACCACAUCCUCACUGCAAUCGAGCGUGAAUUUCCAUCACUGGCAAAACGCUUGGACGCGUGGGAACACCCCGACUACCUCGAAUUGCUAGGCAGCAAUGAAGGCAACUAAAAACUGGGCUAAAUCCACACAAAAAACGCUUUUGCCACUUUUCAAA